CCCCCCCCCCCCCCCCCCCCCCCGCUUACAGAUCAUAGCAACCAAAAAAGAACAUUACAUACAUAUACCCCGCCCCAUUACAGACUGCGACAACCGUAUUCACCAAAUAGUCGAUGGUGGAGAAAAAUAACUUGAAAUUAGAAAACAAAAAAAAAGAUUAUUAUCGAGUAUAUAGCAAUAAUUAUAAAUGAAAUCGAGCGCGCUUAAAUGAAAAAAAAAUAUUUUCUUUUUUAAUAUAUUUUUUUAAUAUACAAAUAAAUAAUAAAUUCCUGCUCUUUUCAACGAUUCUCAAGGAAAACAACUAUAGUUGAUGAGAAGUCUUCCAGUAUACAGAUGAUGCGUCUGGUAACAAAGCUAAAGGUAUACGUGAGUUCCACAUUUCAGCUCCGCAGGAGCUGCGCUAACAAGCUUUUUGACUUUUUUCCAUGAAUUUAGAUAUGCAAAUAUUGGUGGAUUAGCAACACAAAUUCAAGAGAUUAAAGUAAGAAUAUAACUCUUAUAUGAAAUUGAAGUAAUUUUUUAUUUUUAAGGAGCUGUUGAAUUACCUUUAAAUCAUCCUGAAUAUUACGAAGAGAUGAGUAUAAAACCAUCUAAAGGUGUUAUUCUAUAUGGUCAACCAGGCACAGGUAAAACUCUUCUUGCCAAAGCUGGUGAUGGACCAAAACUCGUACGUGAAUUAUUUCGAGUUGCUGAAGAAUAUGCUCCAGUUUUUGUUUUUAUUGAUGAAAUUGAUGCUAUGGGAACAAAACGUUAUGAUUCAAAUUCAGGAGGUGAGCUAGAAAUUCAAAGAACUAUGUUAGAAUUAUUAAAUCAACUUGAUGGAUUUGAUUCUCGUGGUGAUGUUAAAGUUAUUAUGGCAACAAAUCGAAUUGAUAUACUUGAUUCAGCAUUAAUUCGACCUGGUCGUAUUUAUCGAAAAAUUGAAUUUCCAUUGCCAGAUGAAAAAACUCGUCGAAUGAUGUUUAAAAUUGAUACAGAUCGUACGACGCUUGCUGAUGAUGUUAAUUUAGAAGAAUUAAUUAUGGCUAAAGAUGAUCUUAGUGGUGCUGAUAGUAAAGCAAUUUGUACUGAAUCUGGUUUAAUGGCAUUACGAGAACGUCGAAUGAAAGUAAAAAAUGAAGAUUUUCGAAAGAGUAAAGAAGCUGGAAUGUUUUAUUUAUUUGAUUGA